AUGAAUAAGUUACAGUCAGAUGAUUUAUAUACUAUUGUGAACAUUCAAUAUGGAAUUGGGUUUGAGCUCAUUGAAGGACAAAUUGAAAUUGAGAUAACUGUUUUCAAUGAAACUAAAAAAUCUAAAACUAUGUCAGCAUGCAGAAACCGAAUAAACUUUUAUGAAGAGUUCAUAUGGAAAAUUGACAAAACUACACUAAAAUAUAGUCGAUCAACAAAUGCAAUUGUUAAGGUUGAAUGUUUUAGAACACCAGAAAAAAUAUGUUUUGGAAAUAUAUAUAGGAGACAAAGAAUCGGACAUGUAAUAAUUAAACUUAAAGAAUUUCAAAUAAUAGGACGUAACUGGGAUCAAAGUAUAUCUGUUAGAGGUUAUAAACUUCUUGGUACUAGUAGGUACAUUGAACUUGUAAUUGUUUUAAUCAUACAAGAAGAUAUAGAAUUUGAGAAUCACACAGACUUUAAAAAAUGCUCAAAAUUCAAUAACAAGGAAAUUAAUUCCAAAAAACGAUCGUUAGAACUCAAUAAAUGCGAACUAAACAACAAAUAUAGUAAUGCAAUAACUCAGGAAAAAGAUAAGAGUCAAUUUAGCAAUGUAAUCAACAAACAAGAAUCACAAUUUCAUGAAACCCUUAAUAAAUGUGAAGAACUAUUAAACUGUUUAAACACUGAUAACAAACAUGAACAAUUUUGUAAAAAAGAAAUGCAUAAUAUAAAUGAACUAAACACUGUAAAAAAAAAAGUUGAACAAUCAAUUAAAGAAAGCAAAGAUUCUUUGAAAUUUAAUGAUUACAAUGAAUAUAAACUUAGUGAAUUAUUAGCAACUUGUUUAAAACACACAGAUGAAUGGUUAAAAGUAAUGCAAACAAUUAAAAAAGAUAUUGACAUAAACAAUCUACACAAAUGCUCUAGUAAUUCAUUUUGCAAUUCAAGUAUUCAAUCAGAAAAUGAUUUUGAACAACCAACUAUCAUAGUAAAGGAAAUUAAAAAAAAACUUAAUGAAUUAACAGAAUAUAUAGUUAAUAUAAAUAAUAAGGUUAAGAAUAAUAAAUCUAAACGUUUGCGAGAAAUAUCAACACUAAAGAAUACAAAUUGUAUGUUGACCAAAUUAUGUGACAAAAUCGCAAAGAAAAUAAGUGAUGACAAAUGA